GUCGGACGGUGAGUGUGAGUGAGAGCGCGAGAGGGUCGUUGGAUACUCGGGGUGCGUGGUCUUUUCACCGAAAAAUUAGUUCGAUACAGAUUUAACAGGGUGCGGAUUUGCCGCCUUAGGUCUGACGCAUGCCACCCCGGCGGGGCCCUAGCUAAUCUCUUGUGGUAUAUAUACUGAAACUUUGCAACGAAUUAGCACAGUUCACCGCCGUCGUGUCUCUUCUGUAGAUCUAGUUUCGCAGGUUCGAAGCGAUUUGAAGUUUAGUGAAAAAUGGCAUUCAAAUUUGUUGCUCUGUUUGCUCUGCUGGCCGUGGCCACCGCUCAGCACUACGAUCCCCACUACUACCAGCCUCAGCCUCAGUACCACCAGCCCCAGUACCAUGCCCAGCCUGCCCUGGUGAAGACCGUUCAGCCGGCCCUCGUCAAGACCAUCCAGCCCGCUCUGGUCAAGACCGUGAAGCACGUCGAGUACCCGGAUACCCCCGCCGAGUACCAGUUCGCCUACGAUGUCCACGAUGACCAGACCGGAGACAUCAAGAGCCAGCAGGAGGAACGCCACGGAGACAACGUUAAGGGAGUCUACACCCUGAUCGAUGCCGACGGUUACCGCCGUAUUGUCGAGUACACCGCUGACGAGCACAACGGAUUCAACGCCGUCGUCCGCCGUGAGCCCCUCGAGGGACACAAGGUCGUCAAGACCAUCGCCCCGGUUGCUAAGGUUGCCUACGCUCCGGCUCCGGUCAAAUAUCUUGCCCCAGCUCCCGUCAAAUACCUGGCUCCAGCCCCCGUCAAGUACGUCGCCCCCGCCCCCGUCAAGUACAUUGCCCCAGCUCCGGUGACCAAGGUGUACUCUGCCCCGAUUGCCAAGGUGGCCGUCCCAGCCGUCGCCAAGGUGGCCUACGCCCCGCACCCGGAAACCGUCAACCACGUCCAGUUCAGCGGACACUCUGCCAACUACCACUACGGGUUCACGGCGGACGACGGCGUUGAAUCCGUUGUGCUCAUCGGCGGUGUAGUCGACAAUGCGACGGUGACCAUCGGCAUCGAUCAGGGUGUACUGUCCCUUGACGUCAUCUCCGUGACGCUCCUCCUGUUGGCUCUUGAUGUCUCCGGUGUGGUCAUCGUGGACGGAGUACUGGAACUGAGCGGGCUGGAUGGUCUUGACGAUGGCUGGCUGGACGGUCUUCACCAGGGCAGGCUGGGCAUGGUACUGGGGUUGGUGGUACUGAGGCUGAGGCUGGUAGUAGUGGGGAUCGUAGUGCUGGGCAGCGGCCACGGCCAGAACGGCGAAAACUGCAAGGAACUGGAGAUGGUCUUAGUAGUGGUAGUUCAGGCUCGGGGCGGAGAAGCUCACGGUGGCCAGGUUGGCGGGGUAGGCAACCUUGGCCACUGGCAGAGCAACCUUGUGGACCACCGGGGCGGCAACGUAGUGCUGGACUGGGGCAACAACCUUGGCCACCGGGAGGACGGCCUUGACGACCUUCUGGGUCAGCGGUUCACGGCGGACGACGGCGUUGAAUCCGUUGUGCUCAUCGGCGGUGUAGUCCACAACGCGACGGUAACCAUCGGCAUCGAUCAGGGUGUACUGUCCCUUGACGUCAUCUCCGUGACGCUCCUCCUGUUGGCUCUUGAUGUCUCCGGUGUGGUCAUCGUGGACGGAGUACGAGAACUGGUACUCGGCGGGGGCAUCGGCGUAUUCCACGUGCUUGACGGCAACCGGCAGCAGACCAGCGCUGGCCACGGCAAUCAGGGCAGACAGGAGGAAGAACUGCAAUGGAACAAAGUCGGAUGGAUUAGAACACUUUUCACAAGUCUAAUCAACACAAACAAAUCCCAUUCACUUAAAAUGGCGUUCAAGUUCUUCCUCCUGUCUGCCCUGAUUGCCGUGGCCAGCGCUGGUCUGCUGCCGGUUGCCGUCAAGCACGUGGAAUACGCCGAUGCCCCCGCCGAGUACCAGUUCUCGUACUCCGUCCACGAUGACCACACCGGAGACAUCAAGAGCCAACAGGAGGAGCGUCACGGAGAUGACGUCAAGGGACAGUACACCCUGAUCGAUGCCGAUGGUUACCGUCGCGUUGUGGACUACACCGCCGAUGAGCACAACGGAUUCAACGCCGUCGUCCGCCGUGAACCGCUGACCCAGAAGGUCGUCAAGGCCGUCCUCCCGGUGGCCAAGGUUGUUGCCCCAGUCCAGCACUACGUUGCCGCCCCGGUGGUCCACAAGGUUGCUCUGCCAGUGGCCAAGGUUGCCUACCCCGCCAACUUGGCCACCGUGAGCUUCUCAGCCCCGAGCCUGAACUACCACUACUAAGACCAU